AUGUACCACGAGUUCCCCUCUCUUGAGGACCAAGCCAAGAUGGUCACUCCCUUUGACGAGUGGACGCCAGGCAAGAUCACGAUCCCCAAGCCCCCGACCGACAUUGACCACACCGAGGCCAAUGUCCGCAACGGUUUGAACGGCUGGGCCGACGACGUAAUCAAGCACGGAAAGGACAGCUACGGCAAUCCGUUCGUCGAUCUGGGGGUGGACCAUAGCACACCGCAUCUCGACGAGCAGAGACGUGCCCGUAGACAGCGCACGCAUGCCAACCGUAACAAGUUCAACCAGACCUCGCUCGAGGACGCCUUCAAGUUCGGUCUUGAGGACGUUGAAUGGACUGAGACACGGACGUGUAGCGUCAACACGGACAUCUCGAUUCCGCCCUUCAAGCGACUUCAUGAUGCGGCCCUCGACUUCUUUUACAGCCGCACCCAUGCGUGGGAGAACAUCUGGACGCGGAGCAAGUGGAACAACAUUCGUUACACUCUCGGCAUCAAGACUGAGUUCCCCGGACUCCACUGGCCUGGCUCGGGCACGAAUCCCCAGUGGUACUCGAUGACGCACCACGCUCGCCGCUCCGCCUCCAAACGUCAGCAGGAGGAGUUUGACAACUGGGAGAUCGGAGAGAUCUGCGCGCUGGUUCGUUGUCCCGAGCUUGCCGUGCGUGGUUUCAUUGCCAUGCUUCGCCAGCAUGCGGAUUCUAUGUGGGAGCCUUCGAGCGCAAUCAAGACAGCAGAGAUCUUCGCCGCUCUCAUGGGCUACCUCGACUUUUACGAGAUCCUGACGGACGACCACAUCGCGCCGGCCUUCAAGCGCGCAGUCAAGCUCGCGAAAGCGGGACCCCGGCUCCUGCGCGAGGCGUUCAAGCUCGAAGAGGAGGUUGACAUGGGAUUCAACCGCGCCUCCUGGACGCUUGUCUGUGGGUCAUACCUUCAGCGCGACAUCAACUGGCAGUCGCAACCAACUGGGCCUGUCAAUGUCGAGGAGAAUGAUGAGGGAAACGAUUGGUCCACCAGUGACGUGACGGAACCGCAGAUGGCAAUGACCUCUGAACAGGCGAGGGACAUUCUUGCGCCUCUCAUUGGGACAUCCGACGUCAACUCAAUUCGACUCCUCAACUACCUGGCCUACGGUCGCCGCGUCGUCACGGCUGUCAUUCCCCCUCACAAGACGGAUGGCCCCGCGUUCAUGUCGAACUUCUACCGCCUCCGCACGAUCCCUGCUUCAUGGACGGAGGAUGAACGCUGGCGCGAGCCGAGCCCCACUCACCGUGCGGAGAUGGAGCGUUAUGCGGAUGCAGUCGAGGAGAUGCAGGAAGAGGACAAGGAGAAUCUCGCGUUAGAGCUGGAGCAGGACACCAUUGCAGAGCCGGCCGAACUUGACAUGUGGGUCGACGGCAAGGCUCUCGAUCUGGAGGAUGAUGCCACCUGGCUCAUAGGCAUGGGCCUUCGCGCCCGCUGGGCCCAGAUCGGCGUCGACGAGGAGCACAGCUGGUGGAUCGCGCGUCUGAAGGACUAUGUACUUCCAAACAUUUGGCGCACCCCAAACAGCGAACGCGAAGUUGCCAAGACCGAUCCCCUUGCCCCUUACCACCAGCUUCAUUACGCUCGCGGUGGGAUCGCUCCAGCGGAUGCGGUGGUGGGCGCAGCGGCAGAUGGGGCGGCUAAUGUGGCCGUUAACGAACCCGUGAACAAGACAGUCGCCCUCGAAGAGGGUGACGAUGACGAUGAUCUCCCCGGAGUCAUUGGCGUCGAGAAUGCCGACGAAACUGACGACCUCCUAGACGAGGACGAGGACGGCGGCUUUCUUGACGAGGACGGCGUUUUCACUGCCGUCAUUAGCCAACUCGAUGCGGCAGACAGCGACGACGAAGCCGUCUCGGUGGGCGCAGCGUCCGCCCAUGGUCGCCCGCCUACGUCGACCUCCGCCACCCGCGUCAGCUCUGAGCCUCUCAAGGCUGCCGAGGUGAUGUCUGGUUCCGUCUCUCGCAACGCCGUUCCGAGAUGCGUCAAGUGUAACUUGCAUCCAUUCCGACCCUGA